AUGUCUACACAAUCGUCGGAGAAUUUAACUAGAUUUGUGCUAAGCGGAAUCUCUAACAUGUGUGGUGGAGCAGGUAGGUUAUGGUAGUGUCCUGAAUUCAUUUUAAUUCAGCCAUGCUCGAUUUAAGUCUGUAGCUCUAUGCUUAUGAUCAAUGAAGCAAGCUUAGAUGAUAACAUUGAAGUGACAGCUUGAAAGCUCUAUCGCUCGACAAACACCACUUACUAGCAUUUGACACGCUAUUUUAACUAUAAUGCUACGUUCACGCGGUACCAGACGAAUUUUCGACCGGUGGAAAAUUCGUGCGUUUAGGCGUUUCGUUCACAUGGAACCACGCCAAACGUACGAAAAUUUGAACGCCCAAGCGUUCAAAAAUUUGAACGUGAAUAUCGAGGCCGAAUUUUUAGCCGGUGCAGUCAAUAAUUUGACCGCCACGGUGUGUGGGUUAGGAAGCGUUCUGUGCAUUAGGAGGCGGUAAAAGCACAGACGAGGGUCACAAACUUCAGCCGGUUAUCAACUUUAUCUGAACAGAACGAAACUUUCACACAGUUACACGUCAACAGAAUGUCCGGUCGAAAUUCGUCCGUACCUAGCCUAAACCUGAAACUGCAAUCUAGUAACGCCAGAACUACCUUGACUCUUGCCAACCAAACGUCGAGCCGUGUGAAAAAAAAAAUUGGUGAAAGUUUUUGCAGCAUUUAUUGCCUCAGUUUCGAAAAAAUACUUAAUCUUCGGAACUUUCUCGGAAAUACGCGAUCAGGCACCUUCGAUUAUACACAUCGGUCCUUGUUUUGAUUCGUUCUUGGUUGUUAAUAAGGAAGAUCUCUGAGAUGAUGGAACAUCCUCCUUGCACAGUUCAUAAAGUUUAAAACAAAAAAAAAUUAACCCGUUUCUAAAGAAAAAAUAUUAACCUUUUUGUGGCGAUCAGAUUAACAACCAGUACAAUAUGAUUUUCCUCUUAUGUCACAAGACAACCAAAGGGGGAGGUACUUUGUUUUAUUUUUGCUGGAUGUGUGCUACUGGCCUGUGAGACCCCUACGCCAUUACAGUCUAUUCUGUGGCCAACUAUGGACCCCAUCUUAUAAGCAUUUUGGUAUUACAGUAAUAACUUUUUAAUCGUGAAACCUUAUUUUCUAAUCUCUUCUUACCUUUUAUUAGGAAGUGCCCCCCAUCCCCCCUGGGCUAUACCUCCAUCUUUCGACUUAGGAGCUAGUACAUGGCUGUUCAGAGUUAAAAUCUUUUGCUUCAUUUAUUUUGCAGUAACAAAUCCCAUAGAUGUCAUCAAGAUUCGCAUGCAACUUGAGAAUGAAUUGGGCUCAAAACAUAGCAGCAAGAAUAUUUUCAAAGACCGUUAUUAUAAGGGGUUUAUAAGAGGUGGAAUUAGAAUUUUCUCUGAGGAGGGCUUGAGGGGUCUUUAUAAAGGGUAAGUUACAAAGCCUAAACUUUUUUGAGGUUUGUUUGGUUUUAUAGAGGAUGCACAUCUUGUGUUCUUCAGAUGGAUGUUAUCCUCUCAUGGAUUGUUUGGCUUUGGAAGACCAAGGGAAAGUGAAUUUGAUAAGAUGGAGAAGGUUGUUGCUAACCUGGGUCCAAACACAUUUUUCUGGACUGACAAGCAUUAAAUUUUUACACCCUUUCAUGAGUAUACAUAUUUUCCCUACUGUUUUCUAUACAUUUCUUUUUGUGUUGGUAAGGAGAAUUUGUUUGUAACCUAAAGAGCUCUUAUGUUUGGUGAUCAUUUCUUUUAUUCUCAUGACCUUAAUGCUUGAUUUAGCAGUGAUAAUGGAAGGGGAAUUUAGCUUCUAAUCAUUGAUAGGGUUAAAGGAUUCAAGUCAUUGUGCACUGUUUUUUUUUUAUGCAUAAUGAAAUAUGCUACAACUUCUCUGUUUGGCAUGACUUGGCAGUAUAGUCCUACUGAACUGAGGUUGAAUGAAGCACCUGACUUCAAAAGCACAAAACCAGUCUCAUGGUUCUGUCCUCAUGAACAAAGUAUUAAUAAUGUGUUUGCUUGUUUAAGGUUGCUGCCAUCAAUGAUGAGGGAAGGAUCAUACAGUACCAUUAGGCUAGGAGCAUAUGAGCCAUUAAAAGUUAAGUUAGGAGCUACUGAUAUCGCUCACACUCCUCUGUGGAAGAAAAUUGUGGCUGGUGCAAUGUCAGGAACUAUAGGUAGUGCAAUUGCUACGCCCACAGACUUAGUCAAGGUUCGCUUCCAAGCCUUGGGACCUGGAAAAAAAUCAGAGUAUCGACACACUUUCCAUGCAUUUUGGAAAAUAGCACAAAAGGAAGGAGUAAGAGGAUUAUGGACAGGCGUGGGCCCAACAGUUCAGCGUGCAGCUAUUUUGACAGCGGCACAAAUUCCAUCAUAUGACCAUACAAAACAUACUUUAUUAAAUGCGCAGUUGAUGGAAGAAGGGCCAGCCUUACAUGGUGUAUCAUCUGUCAUUGCUGGAUUUGUGACAGCUCUUAGUACAUCACCAUUUGAUGUGGUGAAAACACGCAUGAUGAACCAGAAAAAAGAUGCCAGUGGAAAGCCAUUGGUAUACAGAAAUACCAUCCAUUGUAUAGGGAAAAUUGUUAGACAUGAAGGAUUAUUAGGAUUGUAUAAGGGAUUUAUACCAAACUGGAUGCGAAUAGGCCCUCAUACUAUUGUUACUUUUUUUGUCUUUGAAAGACUCCGAUAUUUGGUUGGUAUGAGUCCCGUGUGAAAGUGGCAGAGGUAGAAAUGGACCUCAGGUUGAGAGGUUCAGGCUCAAGACCCAGGUCUCAUUUUAUCUUUAUUUUUUAGAAUAAAUUAUUAUUAGUAAAUCCUUGUAGUUGGUUGUUUUCCAUAAUUGUUCUUACCAAAACUAUCAGCCACAGAAACAAAAUGGACAGUCUAGAGUGACAUAACUAGCUUCUCUAUUAUUUAAAUUUUGAUUGGCUUCAGGGUCUGAUAAAUUACUGGAAAACAGGCCCAAGAUCAUUGUGUUGAGUACUUGGGCAAAAUUCUUUACUGUCACAUUGCCUCUCUCCACCCAGGAGGAAAAUGAAAUGUAAUGUUGUUACUAAGUUUUUCUAAUAUUCUUGUUUAAGUGGUGCCCUGUUGUACUCACACAAGUUCUGUUGUACAUUAAAUUAUCUACCUUAGAUGAUAUUUGAGGAAAGUUUUUGUUUUAUUAGUUUUAGGCCUGGCAAAAUAUAUAGCAGAUGUACUAUUAACACUCUUAAUAAGUUAUUUAUAGGGUUUGCAAAGUUGCUGAAACCUUGGAACACCAGAAUUACUUUGGGAAUGAUUGUUGUCUUAAUGCAAUAAUGUCAGGCAUUAAUAUAUGCUACACAAGGGAAUAGUGCUUUUUACACACUGAAAUCCUUCAUGUCUCAGUUGCAGAAGUGAAUAAUGAGUACUGUUUACCUUCAAGCUGCCAAAGAGACAAACUCACAUGUUAAGAGUUUCAUUUCCAACAAUUUUUUAGUAUCUUGAAAGAAUUGAACCAAUUUUUUGGUAUUUGUGUGGUAUAUACUAAAACAAUUUUUCACUUUGGUGUCUGCAAAAGUGGCAGAUAUUGACUUCACUGCUUCACAGCUCAGUAAAUAUCUACCACUAUUCAACUCCACUUUUGUGAAUAGUCAUUAAUUACAAAGAAGCCAACAUUGAAAGGAAAACUGGUUAUUGUUGGUGCAAUCAGUUAAUUUUAUUAUUGUAUUGCAUUUAACCUGCUAUACAUCACUGUAACACCCCUAAAAAACACAUUUGGGGAAGGGGGCAUGCCAUGCUCGUUUCAGCUCAGAAAAUAUGGCUUAGGGUUGGGCAGAAAAGUGGCCCAGUAACACAUUUAGUAUUUUUUUUUUUUUUUUUAUUUGUUGCUUUUCUAGGAUUAUGCGCAACAGAGUGCUUGCAAUAGCUUACUCGUCAUUGCAACAAUAACAUUAAAACUACACUUCACACUGUUAACAUUGCAAAGAGGUUUGCUUGUGGUAGUAGACUACACAAAGGGGUAA